CGUAGCCUCUUCUUGGUAACUUACUAAGCCAUGAAAUAGCUCGCAAAGCCUUUUCUUCCUCUACGUUUCUAAUUGCCUUCGACGAAGAUCUACCGUAGAGAAGUCUACCUCGUAGACCAAUCUCUCAAAUUUGAUUCCCUAUUCUCGUUGCCAACGUCAAAUAUGCGUCUCUCUUGUAGUCUUACACCCUUCAUUCUCCUCUUUUUUCUCUUCCUUGUCGCACCAGCCGUAUCUUCUGGUGUAGCUAUCUUGAGAACGGAUUAUUACCAAAAGACAUGCCCCGAUUUCAACAAAAUCGUGCGUGAUGCCGUUAUAGCCAAGCAAGGUCAACAACCGACAACUGCGGCCGGGACACUUCGUCUCUUCUUUCACGAUUGUUUCCUCGAAGGCUGUGAUGCGUCUGUUUUGAUAGCGACCAACUCGUUUAACAAAGCGGAACGUGACGAUGAUCUCAACGACUCCCUCCCAGGAGAUGCUUUUGACAUUGUUAAUCGCAUCAAGACAGCUCUAGAGUUGUCUUGUCCCGGUGUGGUAUCAUGCGCUGAUAUUUUAGCGCAGGCUACGCGUGACCUUGUCACGAUGGUAGGAGGACCUUACUUCGACGUAAAGCUUGGUCGUAAAGACGGACUCGAAUCCAAAGCCCAUAAAGUACGAGGAAACGUCCCGAUGCCUAACCAGACGGUCCAUGACAUCCACGGGAUGUUCAAGAAAAAUGGGUUUAGUCUACGUGAGAUGGUAGCAUUAAGUGGAGCUCACACAAUCGGAUUUUCUCACUGCAAAGAAUUUAGUGACCGCCUCUACGGAUCAAAAGCCGAUCCAGAAAUCAACCCGCGAUUUGCAACCGCUCUUAAAGAACUAUGCAAAAACCACACCGUCGACGACACAAUCGCGGCGUUUAAUGACGUGAUGACUCCGGGAAAAUUCGACAACAUGUACUUUAAGAACCUUAAAAGAGGACUUGGGCUAUUAGCUUCUGACCACCUCCUUAUUAAAAACAAUAGCACGAAACCGUUCGUUGACCUUUACGCAACUGACGAGAAAGCAUUCUUUGAAGAUUUCGCUCGUGCGAUGGAGAAAAUGGGCACGGUUGGCGUUAAGGGAGAUGGAGAAGGAGAAGUGAGGCGUAGGUGCGACCACUUCAACAAUCUCAACGUAUAAGAAAAAAAUCACAAAAAAUUAUAUUUCUGCUUUUUUUUUGCGGGGGAGAAAGGACGAAUUGAGGGGAAGAAACCUUUCAUUUAUAUAUUUAUAUUUUAAACUAUGUAUUAUAAGCAUAAUUGUGUAACAAUUCAAGAUUGGGUGUUUAUAUUUUUCAUGAAAAUGCAAAUUGUUAUAUUUGAAGUGUGCAAGUAAAAGAUCUGUAUUGUUUUUCUUUUUUUGAAACUAUUCUUUCAAAUUUAAAAGUAAGAGAAAGCAAAUAAUACAAACUUAGCUAAGACUAGUGUUUGAGACCCUAAGUAAGUUUGUGUGCUUGACCCCAAUCAGAAACACACAUUACAAGAGCAGAAAAGUCAAUCGGCGGUCGAUACCGAAGAGAUGAUAGGCGAUAACAGAGAACAAGUGAAAGGGUUAUGAAGAAGAUGAAGCUAGCCAGAGUUAGAGCAUGGUGGAGGAGGCAGAACGAUUCACUUCUCUUUUUGGAGCAAUCCAGUUUCCAAUGGUUAUGUCCAUAGUUGGGACUUGGGACGAUGGAGUCAGUAGAUUAAAGCAAUUAGCAUGGAUCCUACCAUUCCAGAGAGAAUAAAGGGAGCUGAAAGGAUUGCAUGUCGGCGAGAGAGGCGAUCCAAUCUCGAGCUAAGGAUAGAUGUAGUAUGUGAGCAAAAAGACACCAGAGAUCCCAAUUGAAAGAGCAGUUGAAGAAUAGAUGAUCACGAAAUUCAAGUUCCUGAUUGCAGAGUACACAAAGGCAAUCAACAGAAAGAUUCCAGGCAACCAAUCAAUCUUUUGUUGGUAGUCGAUUAUAGAUGACAUAUUCUUGGGUUCACCAACCAAUAGGAUUGUGUUAUUUCAAAUUCGAUAUCUUUUGUAAAAAGAAACAAACUAUUGUGAGGUUAUAUUAUGUUUUUAAAAUAAAAAGGUCAAAAAAAAUAGUAGUAGUUACAAAAAACAAAAAUUACCAGCAAAACACUAGACUCUAAAUCAUAAUCCUUAAAUUCUAAUCCCUUGGGUAAACCCUAAAUCUAGCCCUACGACUUCGAUUUUCUAAAACCGAACCGAACCGAACCGUCAGUUUUCGGUUAACCAAAAAUUUUAAAACCUAUUCCGAAAUUAACCGAAUUAAAUUCCGGUUCGGUUCGGUUAUCGGUUAAUUUCGGUUUUCAAAAUUAUUUCCAAAAAUAACCGUUUUUGGUUUUCGGUUAAUUUCGGUCUAAUUUUC